AUGAGCUGGAAUAAAAGUGGCUAUGACUCGGAACUGGACGUCCCAUCCCAGCAUGACGAUACGAAUUUAUUGAAAUAUUAUCUAAUGGGUAUUGGUGGCAUGAUAAUAUGUUGUUUUGGAAAUAUCGGAAAUAUACUAUCCAUUAUAGUGUUAACGCGACGCAUCAUGCGUUCAUCAACUUAUGUUUACUUGGCAGCGUUGGCCUUUUGUGAUAUGUUAGUGCUCGUUUUCACUAUGUUACUAUUAUUAGAAGAUACUAAAGUGCCAUCUGAUGGAUUAUCUCCCCUGUAUCAAACUUAUUACGCUUUUUUGUUUCCAUGGGUACAUCCAAUCACAAUUACAUUUCAAGUCACUUCAAUAUGGCUGACUCUGGCGUUCACCAUUGAUCGUUAUAUUAUGAUUUGUCACCCCUUUAAAGCAGAAUCAAUGUGCAACCGAGGACGGGCUAAACGUGUUGUCAUGUGUAUAUAUUUAGGAGGGAUUAUAUUCAAUAUUCCACGAUUUUUCGAGUACUAUACUCAGAUAUUGAGUUUUUCCGUGGGAAAUUCUACAGAAACAAUGUAUUUAAUACAAUUAACUAAAACAGGAAAUGAUAAAUAUUAUAAAGAAAUUGUUCAUUCAUGGAUGUAUUUAAUCUGUGUAUGUGGACUACCAUUUCUAUUGUUAGCUAUUCUCAAUGCCUUUCUAAUCCGAGCUGUUCAUUUAUCACGGAAGAAAGGCAAGGAAAUUAACGUUCGAGAAAAGAAGCGUAAUGAUACAACCACAAUGUUAAUCGGUGUAGUCAUUACCUUUCUUAUUUGUCAAGUUCCAGCAUUGGUAGCUCGUAUGAUGUGGGCUUUUUCAACUUUAGGAAAACUCAGUCGAAAUUAUCACACUUUUAGUGAAGUUUCAAACUUUCUUGUCAUUUUAAACUCUGCAAUUAAUAUUUUGCCAUAUUAUUUUUUCGGUAAAAAAUUUCGUAAAGAAUUUUGGAGAUUAUUUUGUGCCUGUUUCUUUAACAAAGAUGAACUGAAGAAAAUGACUCGAUCAUUAAGUGCUUCAGAAGGUCACAGGAAGUGGAGUGUGGUUAGUAACCAUGUGAAUGCCAUGGAAAUGAACGGACUGUUUCAAACGUUACGAGGAAGUAGUUUUAAACGCCAUAAAGCCAGUAUAGACGUACCAUUGAUUUAUAGUGAGAAUAAAUCGGAUGGGUCGGACAAUAAUCAUGCAGAAAAAGACGCGAAUAAUUUAACUAUGCCAACUUACACUGGCCAAGACGCCAGGCUGUCACCUACAGAUUGGCAAAAUAUUAACACCGAAAAAAGUGAAAGCCCAUCUUGA